CCGCGCCGGGCGGCUGGAGGUUGCAUCUGCUGGAAGGCGGCUUUUGGCUGCUUGGUAACGGGCUGCAAGAACCCAGAGAGGCAGAGGGCAGGGCAGCGGCUUCUUGACGUCAGGACCGAGCGAGGGGACCCAGCCAGCCACUCCAGCCCGCCCCACAGCCGUGCCGGCGGCCAGCAGAAGAGGCGUCAGGCGCAGGUCGCCCAGCAGGGUGUGAGGGGGGCUCGGGAGUCAGUCCGCAGGGGCGCAGCAUGCCCCCCGCUCCCGGCCCAUGGAGAUCGCCCUGGUGCCCCUGGAGAAUGGCGGUGCCAUGAUCGUCAAGGAAGGAGGGGAGGCCGGGACUGCAGGGGGAGAGCUCCGCUGCCCCCCGACGGCUGCGCUCGGAGAUGGACUCAAGGAGCGGGAGCCAAGGGGCCGCGGAGCAGAGAGGCGCGCGGAUCCGGGAGGUCGGCGGGUGCCGCCGCCGCCGCCCCAGGAGCUGCCGCAGUCGAGGUGGCUGCCUCCGGAGGAAGAGGAGGGAGAUGGCGACCCCGCCCUGGGCGUGGCGGAGGACCAGGUGCUGGGCGCGGGCUCCCUCCAUCACCAGCGCGUCCUCAUCAAUAUCUCGGGGCUGCGCUUUGAGACGCAGCUGGGCACCCUGGCGCAAUUCCCCAACACGCUCCUGGGGGACCCCGCCAAGCGCCUGCGCUACUUCGACCCUCUGAGGAACGAGUACUUCUUCGACCGCAACCGGCCCAGCUUCGAUGGCAUCCUCUACUACUACCAGUCCGGGGGCCGGCUGCGGAGGCCGGUCAACGUCUCCCUGGACGUGUUCGCGGAUGAGAUCCGCUUCUACCAGCUGGGGGACGAGGCCAUGGAGCGCUUCCGGGAGGACGAGGGCUUCAUCAAGGAGGAGGAGAAGCCCCUGCCCCGCAACGAGUUCCAGCGCCAGGUGUGGCUGAUCUUCGAGUACCCGGAGAGCUCGGGCUCCGCGAGGGCCAUCGCCAUCGUCUCAGUCCUUGUCAUCCUCAUCUCCAUCAUCACCUUCUGCUUGGAGACCCUGCCUGAGUUCAGGGAUGAACGCGAGCUGCUGCGCCAUCCCCAGGUGCACCACCAGCCCCCUGGACCCGCCCCAGGGGCCAAUGGCAGCGGGGCAGCGGCGGCGCCGCCUCCCUCAGGCCCCACAGUGGCGCCUCUCCUGCCCAGGACCCUGGCGGACCCCUUCUUCAUCGUGGAGACCACGUGUGUCGUCUGGUUCACCUUCGAGCUUCUGGUGCGCUUCUUCGCCUGUCCCAGCAAGGCUGAGUUUUCCCGGAACAUCAUGAACAUCAUCGACGUGGUGGCCAUCUUCCCCUACUUCAUCACCCUGGGCACCGAGCUGGUGGAACAGCAGCCAGGGGGUGGGGGAGGGGGGGGCCAGAACGGGCAGCAGGCCAUGUCGCUGGCCAUCCUCCGAGUGAUCCGCCUGGUCCGCGUGUUCCGCAUCUUCAAGCUCUCCCGCCACUCCAAGGGGCUGCAGAUCCUGGGCAAGACCCUGCAGGCCUCCAUGCGGGAGCUGGGCCUGCUCAUCUUCUUCCUCUUCAUCGGCGUCAUCCUCUUCUCCAGCGCCGUCUACUUCGCCGAGGCCGACAACCAAGAGACCCACUUCUCCAGCAUCCCGGAUGGCUUCUGGUGGGCCGUGGUUACCAUGACCACGGUGGGCUAUGGGGACAUGAGGCCCGUCACCGUGGGGGGCAAGAUCGUGGGCUCGCUGUGUGCCAUCGCCGGGGUCCUCACCAUCGCCCUGCCUGUGCCCGUCAUUGUCUCCAACUUCAACUACUUCUACCACCGGGAGACGGACCACGAGGAGCAGGCAGCCCUUAAGGAAGAGCAGGGCAGCCAGAGCCAGGGGACAGGACUGGCCAGCGGUGGCCAGCGGAAGGCCAGCUGGAGCAAGGGGUCCCUCUGCAAGGCUGUGGGGGCCCUGGAUAAUGCAGAUGGAUCCCGGAGGGGCAGUUGCCCCUUAGAGAAGUGUAACCUCAAGGCCAAGAGCAAUGUGGACUUGAGGAGAUCUCUGUAUGCCCUCUGCCUGGAUAGCAGCCGGGAAACGGAUUUGUAAGGGGGAUGCAGGUGGAUAGUUGGCAGAGAGCUGGGGACAGCGGGGGGCCUCCUGACCUUGGGGAUCUACUUCAUGGCGCAGAGUAUUUCUAGCCCACCCUGUAACCUAGGUCCGCCCCUUCUUCUUUCACUGCUCCCCUCCAGCAUCUCCUUGAUCCCCUAGUUUUUCUUUCCUCUUCUUUCCAUGACACCCAGGGUCACCUAUUUUUAAAAAGUACCACAUUCCAUGACGCAGGAGCUGUUGAAAUGGUGCGCACUGUGAGAUGGAUGUAUUUGUAGCCAGUUUCCUAGACCCAGCGGAGGGAUAACCCAAACAAAAAUGGCUUUAAAUAGCCCAAUCCCCAGAGAAUUGGUAAUCCCCCCCCAUCCCUGUGUUCCAAAUUUGCUUUACAUAUAAUUAUAUUUGUGUACAUGGGAAAAUAUUAUUUUUAUGGCUGGCGAGUGGAUUUUUGUACCGUAGUUCAGAUGGAGAGAUUUUGGAUAUAUUUUCAAGAUAUACGUUGUAUUUAUGAAAGAGGGGGUUAUGGCAACAUUCUGUGAUAUUUCUAUUACAGUCCGAGACCCUGGUCUGGCUGUUCUGGUUCCUGUUGUCUGCAAGCCUCUCUCUUUUCUGAGUUGUGAUUUCGGUGCUUUGUGUCUAGGGCAGGGAAUGCUCUGGAAGAAAAGCAGGUCUAACUUUUUCUGUGCGCCUUAACCAGUUCUUGUAACUUUCUUCAAAAAGCAUCGAUGUUGGAGGAAGACUUCUGAUAAUUCAUUCUCUUGAUUUUUAUCCCAGGAAAUAAAAUGUUACUUAGUCGA